AUCAGAUAGGUCAGGAAGCCUUCAUGUCUGCCCAGUCACACCCUCAAGACCAUUUCACCCUCCUCCCAGAGUUGGGUGAGGCUGUGGAUUACCCUUGAAACAGAAGUUCCCUUAUGACAGAGGGGAGAACUCUGUAUAGAUAGGAAAACUGGGGCUUACAGACAUCAGGUAAAAGAGGAGCAAGACCAGUGACCCAAAAGGCAUUUACCAGCCUUGGGGCUCUUGCCUGCACACCUUACUGUUUACUCACUCCCAGUGCCCAAAAGAAAUGAUUACUUCUCUCAGGCAGUAGACACCUGGGCCUGGACUUCGGCCCCUAGAACCUCAGGGUGGAGGCAGGCCAGAAGGGAACAGCUCUGAAUUGCCUUGGGAGACCUCGUUAGAGAUACCUGCCAUCUGGUCCCUACCUAGCCCCAUGCAGAGCUGGGCCUCCAUCUGGUUGGUUGCUUCCGCAACAUGGGAGGAUGUGUGGGCCCCUCCCUGCACUCCCAGAGGGGAGAGACACCUCCCAGCAGGAGUCCAGACCCCGGGAAUAUUCUAGUCCUCCUUCUUCCUCCCCCUCCCCCUGUCAGACAAAACUAAGGCCCAGAGAGGGAGGAUCUGUGAUGAUUCAAGUCACACAACCAAACAGGGACUCUGACGGGUAAUUUCCCCACAGAGGAGGAUGGAAGCCUGCUGCGGAAUCAGGAAUCUGAGCGACCUCCCCAGGACACCGACGUCCCUGUCUGAGCUGUGGAUGGCUGAGCUCUGCGACAGGCCCCAGAGACUGGGAUCUGCUCCCCCCACAACUUCCAGGGUUGCAUUGGAGGCCAGUACUCAUGCAGGGGUGGCUCCUUCCUCCGUUUUCUCAUCUAUACAAGAGGAGUCAGAUGACUGGGCAGGCAGGUUGAAACGGCUGAUGACAUCACUGGUUCCCGGGAGCGGAGGAGCUGGAGCCUGAGCCCAGGGAGCCUGGGCUGCUAGGGGCUGCAGACAUGGAGGGCCAGAGCAGCAGCGGCAGCAGGAGGCCAGGCACCCGGGCUGGCCUGGGACCCCUGCCCUUGCCCAGGCCCCAUGGGGUUUCCCAAACUGGGGCACCCUCCAAGGUGGACUCAAGUUUUCAGCUCCCAGUGAAGGAGAAUGCGGCCCCAGUACCCUCGGAACCAAGGUUGGCUCUAGCACCUGUGGGACCACGAGCAGCUAUGCCACCUUCCACAGAGGGGCCAAGGUUGGCUCUGGCGUCUCCUCGACCCACCCUGGCUCCACUGUCUACCCCUGGAGGGCAGAAGACAGCUCUUGCCCGCCAUAGUUCCAGCCUAGCUCCAACAUCUGUGGGCCAGUUAGUCAUGUCUGCCUCAGCUGGGCCGAAGCCACCUCCAGUGACCUCAGGCUCAGUCCUGGCUCCAGCAUCCCUGGGGCAGCUGGUGACGUCCGCCUUGGCAGGGCCGAGGCCUCCCCCAGCCACCCUGCGGCCCAGGCUGUCUCCAAUGUCCAGGGACCAGAAGCAGGUGCCACCUGCCUCCGUGGGACCCAAGCCAGCACUGGCUGCCUCAGGCCUGAGCCUGGCCCUGGCAUCUGAGGAGCAGCCCCCACAACCCCCUUCCAACUCUUCCCCAGUGCCCAGUCCGGUUUUGUCAUCCUCUCAGGACCAGGCCCUGGCUCCAGCUUCUGUGACGUCAGCCUCGGCCUCUGUGGGAUGGACACCAGCUAAACAGAGGGAUGCCCCAGCCCCUAAACCUCUCCCCUCUUCCGAAGAGCAUCUCCAGCCUUCAGCUCAGGCAUCUGGUCCUGCAGGCUCCACAUCCUUGAUCCAACCCCCCGCAGACCCCUGGAUCUCCCCCUCCUUCAGAGCCCGGCCUGAGGCCCCCCGCAGCAGCCCCGAGGAUCCUGUCCUGCCCCGGCCACCCCAGACCCUGCCCCUGGAUGCGGGCCAGGGCCCUCCAGAGCCUGCCUCCCGUUCCCCAGGACUUCUGUCCCCCACCUUCCGGCCAGGGGCCUCCUCGGCCCAGACUGUGCCCCCACCUCUGCCCAAGCCACCCCGGUCUCCCAGCCGUUCCCCCAGCCGCUCCCCCAACCGCUCCCCCUGUGUCCCCCCAGCCCCUGAGAUGGCCCUCCCCAGGCCUGGCACCCAGGGUGCAGGGCCUAGUGGGCACUUGAGCCCCAGUCUUCGGCCCCAAGAAACUCCAGCUCCGGUCACCACCUCCCCUUCUACCCCCACCUCAUCAUCCUGUUGGUCAGCUCAGCCUACCUGCAAGAGCGACCCUGGCUUCUGGAUCACUGUGGUCACAUGGAACGUGGGCACGGCCAUGCCGCCUGACGACGUCACAUCCCUCCUCCACCUGGGCAGUGGCGGUGAUGACAGCGAUGGGGCAGACAUGAUUGCCAUAGGGUUGCAGGAAGUGAAUUCCAUGAUCAACAAGCGGCUCAAGGACGCGCUUUUCACAGACCAGUGGAGCGAGCUCUUCAUGGACGCACUGGCACCCUUCAACUUCGUGCUGGUGAGUACUGUGCGGAUGCAGGGCGUCAUCCUGCUGCUGUUCGCCAAGUACUACCACCUGCCCUUCCUGAGGGACGUGCAGACUGAUUGCACGCGCACUGGCCUGGGUGGCUAUUGGGGCAACAAGGGUGGAGUGAGCGUGCGACUGGCGGCCUUCGGGCACAUGCUCUGCUUCUUGAACUGCCACUUGCCAGCGCACCUGGACAAGGCAGAGCAGCGCAAGGACAACUUCCAGACCAUCCUUAGCCUCCAGCAGUUCCCGGGGCCCGGGGCGCAUGGCAUCCUGGAUCACGACCUCGUGUUCUGGUUUGGGGACCUCAACUUCCGCAUUGAGAGCUAUGACCUGCACUUCGUCAAGUUUGCCAUCGACAGCGACCAGCUCCACCAGCUCUGGGAGAAGGACCAGCUCAACAUGGCCAAGAACACCUGGCCCAUCCUGAAGGGCUUCCAGGAAGGGCCCCUCAACUUUGCACCCACCUUCAAAUUUGAUGUGGGUACUAACAAAUAUGAUACCAGUGCCAAGAAGCGGAAGCCAGCCUGGACAGACCGUAUCCUGUGGAAGGUCAAGGCUCCGGGUGUAGGUCCCAGCCCCUCAGGACGGGAAAGCCACCGCCUCCAGGUGACCCAACACAGCUACGGCAGCCACAUGGAAUACACAGUCAGUGACCACAAGCCAGUGGCUGCCCAGUUCGUCCUGCAGUUUGCCUACAGGGACGACGUGCCGCUAGUGCGGCUGGAGGUGGCAGAUGAGUGGGUGCGACCAGAGCAGGCUGUGGUGAGGUACCGCAUCGAAACCGUGUUCGCCCGCAGCUCCUGGGACUGGAUCGGCUUGUACCGGGUGGGUUUCCGCCACUGCAAGGACUACGUGGCUUAUGUCUGGGCCAAACACGAGGAUGUGGAUGGGAACAUCUACCAGGUGACCUUCAGUGAGGAGUCGCUGCCCAAGGGCCAUGGAGAUUUCAUCCUGGGCUAUUACAGCCACACGCACAGCAUCCUCAUUGGUGUCACUGAGCCCUUCCAGAUCUCGCUGCCCACCUCGGAGCCGGCCAGCAGCAGCACAGACAGCUCAAGCACCAGUUCAGAGGAUGAGGAUGACAGUACCCUGGAGCUGCUCGCACCCAAGUCCCGUAGCCCCAGCCCCGGCAAGUCCAAGAGACACCGUAGCCGCAGCCCAGGCCUGGCCCGCUUCCCUGGCUUUGUCCUGCGGCCUUCAUCCCGUGAACGCCGUGGUGCCAGCCGCAGCCCCUCACCCCCGAGCCGCCGCCUGCCCCGGGGGGCCCCUGACAGGAGCAAUGAUGGUGGCAGCCGGGGCAGUAGUGAGGAGGGGCCCUCUGGGCUGCCCAGUCCCUGGGCCUCCCCACCGUCUGUGCCUCGAAGCCUCGGCUUGCUGCCUGCCUUGCGCCUGGAGACCGUCGACCCCGGUGGGGGGGGUUCCUGGGGACCUAAUCGGGAGGCCCCAGCCCCCAGUAGCCAAGGCCGGCAGGGGCUGGAGGAAGGGGGUCUGGGGCCCUGAGGGUGGGUGGGCGGAUGGGCCCAGGUGGCCGCCACUGUGCCCCAAUCUCCUGCAAACCCACCUGUGUUCCUCUUGCCGCUGCUCCGGCUUCAUCCACACCUGCCACUCUGUCCUGGUCAGGGGUGGCCAAGUGGGGUCCCCCAAACUCAGUCCUGGCACCUCAACUGUGACAAUCAGCAAAGCGCUAUCAGCCCCCAUCUGAGAUGGGGUGGGGGGGGUUGCAAUCCUGGAGGUCAUCAAUUAGAAAUUAAAUUC